UCUGUCAAAAUGUUCACUCUAGGUGCACUGGCCAUGAUGGUUGAACAGAAGAAAUCAGGAUUUCAUUGACAACAAAGCCACAAUUUUGUGGUCUUCAUUACAAUAUUUUGCAAAAGAUGGCAAUCCACUGGCAGGGUGUGUGGGGAGAAGUAUCCAGCACCCCAACAUUUUGACUGAACAAACACCCUUUUUCAAGUUGUGACAAGUCGUGUUGUUGUCAACAAGUUCGCUUGUGCGAUUUUCUCACAAGGCGAGCCAGCUCAACAGCCGUCACAUUCCAGCUCUCAGUGGCAGUGUCUGUUCGUGAUCUCCACGCCACCACCGUGCGCACCUCCAGUUCAACUCCAGCGCAGCUUCCAGCCCAGCGACCGCGGGCAGCCCCAGCGCGGUGCCCGAGUCUGCGACCGUGCCACCGCGCCAUGAACAACUACAAGGUGAUCUCGCGGAUCGGCGAGGGCGCACACGGUGUCGUGCUCAGCGCCGAGUCGCUGAUCACGGGCGAGACGGUGGCGCUGAAGAAGGUGCCGCUCAAGCGACUCGAGGACGGUAUCCCGCUGACGAUGCUGCGCGAGAUCAAGACGCUGCAGCACCUCGAGUCGCGCCACGUGGUGCGCCUGCUGGACGUGUUCCCGCAGGGGCCCGGCUUCGUGCUGGUGUUCGAGCACAUGGUGACCGACCUGGCGGAGAUCCUGCGCGACGCGGCGCGGCCGCUGCUGCCGGCGCAGGUCAAGCGCUACAUGCAGUCGCUGCUGCGCGGCACCGGCUUCCUGCACGCGCACGGCGUCGUCCACCGCGACCUGAAGCCGGCGAACCUGCUGAUCAGCGCGGGCGGCGCGCUCAAGCUGGCGGACUUCGGUCUGAGCCGCGUGCUGGACCGCGGCCGGCUGUACUCGCACCAGGUGGCCACGCGUUGGUACCGCGCGCCCGAGCUGCUGUACGGCGCGCGCAAGUACGAUCACGGCGUCGACCUGUGGGCGGUGGGCUGCAUCUUCGGCGAGCUGCUCAACAGCUCGCCCAUCUUCCGCGGCGACAACGACAUCGACCAACUGCUGGUGGUGCUGAAGACGUUGGGCUCGCCCAGUGAGGAAACAUGGCCCGGCAUGUCGCAGCUGCCGGACUUCAACAAGAUCCCGUUCCCAGAGUUCCGCUCCGCCGGCGUGGACGUGCUCUUCCCGGAGGCGCCGCCCGAGGCGGUGGACCUGGUGCGCCGCUUCCUCGUCUACCGCUCGGACACGCGGCUGGCGGCGCGCGCCGCGCUGCUGCAACCGUACUUCCACUGCGCGCCGGCGCCGGCCGUCGACGCGGAGAUGCCGCUGGAGCCGCCCGCCGUCGACCGCAUCGUCGCCGACUUCCACCGGCAGAUGGCGCGGCUCCGCGAGGGCGAGGAUGACGAGCUCUGA